CUGGUGAGUUUUAGGGUUAAUGUAAACAUUAAACAAUUUUCACUAUAUACACAAUAAUCUUGUAGAUUUAUAUUUUAUAUAUUUAGUUAACUAGUUGAUUAUAGAGUAAAAUUAUAAAAUCAACCUUGUACUUUCUAUUUACUAAGAAAAAUUAAUUAUUAAUAGUUAAAAAUGCCUAAAUCUAAAAGAGACAAAAAAAUUUCAUUGACAAGAACUACUAAACAAGGUUCUAAAUUAAAGCAAUCUAUAAUGGAGAAACUACGUGAUGCUGUUGACCAUUAUGAAAACAUUUUCGUAUUUUAUACUGACAAUAUGCGAAAUGGUAAAUUAAAAGAUGUUCGAAAUGAAUGGAAAGACAGCAGAUUUUUUUUUGGCAAAAAUAAAGUUAUGGCUUAUGCUUUGGGUAAAACAGCUCAAGAAGAAAUACAUAAUAACUUACAUAAAUUAGCACAAAAAAUUGAAGGACAAUGUGGAUUAUUAUUUACCAAUAGACCAGUUCAUGAUGUAGUUAAAUGGUUUGAAAAUUACUCUGAACCUGAAUAUCCUAGAGCUGGUACUCGAGCCACAUAUUCUGUCAUAUUAAAUGAAGGACCACUUCCAGACUCAUUUAUUCAUUCUAUGGAACCAUCAUUAAGAGAACUCGGUUUACCUACUAGUCUACAACGAGGAGUAAUUCAAGUUCUAAAGGAACACACAAUUUGUAAGGAGGGUGCUUUAAUUACUCCAGAGCAAUCUAGAUUACUAAAAUUAUUUGGGCAUAAAAUGGCAAUGUUUAAAAUAACAAUGAAAUAUGCUUGGUCAAAAGAUGGAAGUUUUCACACAUUAUUCAGUGAAUAACAAUGAUAUUCUUUUUGUGUUAUAUAAUUGUUAAAUAAACUGUAAUAUUUUUUCUAAA